AUGAAAAAUUUAUUAUUUAUUAAUCAGAAUAACUAUUUUGAAGAAAUUUUAAUUUAAAUCUUGUUCACCCUUUAAGCGACAGGAAUUGGCUUAUAUUUAGAUUCACUCAUUUCAAUUAUAUAUAAUUGCAGUUUUAUUGUAGCUUUCGUUAUUUUAGAAUUUUAAUACCCUAAAGCAACAUUAUUUCGAUUUUGGUAUCAUCAUCAUUUUCAUAUUGCUUUGCCAAUACUGAUCUAAAAUUAAUAAUUGAAUAUUACAAGCUUAUUUAAUGUACUCCUUAUCGUAAUACUUGCAUUACUACUUUUAUUCUAUACAGAAAAAAUUGGAGAAAUUCAAAUAUAUAAGACCACAAAAAUAUUUAAUUACACUUUUAUCAUGAUAGCAUUUUCAAUACACCAUUUAAAUCAUUUUAUAUUUAUCAUUUGUAUAAUUGUUUAUGAUUGUCUUAUCAUUCUGUAAGUUUUUGGAUUAAGGAUUGUCACAAAUUAAGAAUUUAUCAAAUUUUAAAUUCUAACUUUAAUAUCAAUGACUCGUUUAAUUGUGUUUUUAAUGUUGUUCUUAAUUUAAAUCAAAAACUUAUUAUUAAUUGUUCCUUUGCUUUUAUUUUUAUUAAUUCAAAUAUUAGAUAGAUACAUUCAUUAUUAAAUUCAAGAUAUCUUGCAAUAGCAACCAUAUAAAUUAAGUUCAAUGAUAUUAUUGCAAUUUACUUAUUAAUUAGGCCUAUAUAUUGGAUUAUUAUAUAUAUCUCAAAUACUUGUAACACAUUCAAAAGAUUGCGAUAAUUUAGAUUGUUUUUGUAAUAAAGAUUUUUCUAUAAAUUAAUAAGAAACCUGGAAAAGUCCUAAGACAAUGUUAAAAUAAAGUCUUAAUGAAAUACUUUGUGAAAUUCUUAGAUAAUAUAAAUUCUAAUAAAUGGCCGAUUCUGAAGAAUAUGUAAAUUUUUUAAUUUAAUUUUUAAGCUUCUCUUAUUGAGUCGAAUAGAAAUUGAAUACAGAAAUGAUAAACUUUUUGAAACUUUAAUAAGAAGUUCUAAACUAAGUAAGACAACUUUUUAUGGUUAUACAAUUUUUCCUUAUUAAUUUAGAAUAUAAUAUCAUCGUGAUAUCUUUUAUCAUAAACUAUAGUCUAAAAUUGAGGGUGUUAGACUUAAUAGUUUUAUUUAUUAUACAUAUUGUAACUUAGUAGAAUAGGUUGGACAAUUGAUUGUGCAAUUGUUGAAUCAAAAAUAAUAGAUUUUGACCAUGUUUAUCAUUCAAUAUUAGAAUCCAAUUUAUUAUUUAUAUCACAAUAGAUUGUUUCACUAUAUAAGUUAAUAUGAAAAAUGUGAAUCUUUAUUACAAAAAAUUCUUCUCUUAAAUCCGUAAUCUUUGGUUACACAGAAUUUAGUUAGAGCACUUUAUUCAAUGAUUACAUUUUAAGAAGAAAAAUUAAACUAAAUUUAAAUAAAUCAUAAUCUGUUAAGUGUUUAAAUCGAUUCUCUAUGGGCAAUUUUAAAUGAUAGAUAAUGUUGUUAUGUAUAAUGCAAAUAUGAAAAAGGAUUAGUAAUGCUUAAUCAUUCAGUACUAUUCACAUAAUUGAUGGAAGGUAAACUUAAUUGAAUUAUUUUUAGAAAAUGGUAUUAAGUCUGACUUUGUGGGAGAGUACAUCGAUAAAUUAAUAUCUAGUCCAUUUAAAGAAGUUCAUUAAAGAUUUUUAAAUAGAUUAAUAAAUGAAGGUAAACCUAGAUUGUUAAACAAUGGAAUUUAAUAGUUUUUUAUUAAUACUAAUAGAGGUUACAUGAAAUAAAUUGAUAGUUUGGUCAGACUUGGUCAAAGUAUGGAAUAUCUCACGUUUAUGACAAUAAUGGGGUAUAAAUAAGAAGAAACAUGUGGAAAGAUUUUAUUGAGUAAUUUUGGAACUAUUUAUUCGUAUUCAGAAUUAGCUGUUUAAUAGUUAAAUCUUGAUAAAAUCUUGAAAUUGCAUCACAAAAUAAAUAUAAAUAUGAAAUUUUGUAUACCUUAAUCUUAAAAUUUAAAUGAAUUGAAUGAAGGAUUUAUUUUAAUUCCAAAGAUAAAUUUAGCCCAGAAAGAUGAAUAAUCUAAUAAAAUUUCAACUACUAAAUUUGAUUAAGCAUCUUUUUAUAAAUAUUAUCUCAAAUAUCCCAAAAAAUGCUUUGUGUUUUUUUCAAUAUAUAAAUUUAGUACAACAUAAUAUGAUGAUGGUAAUUUAUAAUAUGAAACAUUGUAAAUUUAUUAAUCAAAUGAAAUUAAAGAUAUUGAAAUAAAAAUGUUAGCACUUGAAUUAAUGUUAAAAUAAAUUAUGCUUAAUAAUAACAUUUAAACAGAUGCUUAUAUUACAAGUUACACUUCAUUUAAAUCUAUUAUUCCAGAAACCAAAAAUUUUAAAUAACAUAGCCCUAAAAGUAAUUCUGAAAUACAAGAAAUUAACGAUCAAGAUUUUAUUAUCAGUAAUGAAAGUAUCCAUAUUUAGCAAGAACCUUAGAAUGUCUAAAUGUAUCAAUUCAUAGGCUUAGAAUAAAAUUAAAUACAAAUAGAUUAAAAAAAUAAUUAAAUUAAUCAUUCAUCAUUUAUUGCAAAUUCUUUUUAAAUUCAAGAUUAAUUACUAUCAAGUAGAAGAUUUAAUGAUUUUAGUGUAAGAGAUUCUAAAAGAGAAAGUUAACAAUUAAUUCAUUAAAAUUUAGGGAAUCUUUAGAAUAUAAAUCAUCAAGAGAAAGUCCUUUAAGAAGAGGACGAAAAUUAAGAUGUUGAUUCACCAGAAGAAACUAAAGAGUAUAUAUAAAUGGAAGUUUCCAUAAAAGAUAUUAAUGGCCAGUAUUUAAAAGAAUAAAUUGAUUGGAUAAGAUCCUUAUUAAAAUUAAACAAAAAUUAAUUAGAAAAAUAAAAAAAACUUAGAAAAAGUAUUCACAAAAAAGGAUUUCAUAAGAAAUUAACUUUAGAGUAGUAGUCAUCAACAAUAAAAAGUACAGAUUCAUAAAAAGGAUUGAUUAAUCAUGCAAUAAAUGGCAUGAUAUAAUCAAAUUCUCACUAAUUUUAUAGCAUAUUUAUUAUUGCACUAAUUUAUAUUAUUCUUCUACUUAUUUUAAUUAUUUUGAGCAUAAUUUAAUUGCAGAAAGAACUUCAUCACAUUUACUUAGAUUCUAGUGCUGGAUAAUUUUCAAUAACUUUACUUUAGAAUAUAAAUCAAAUGGAAAUUGCAAUUCAUUUACUAUCAACCAAUUCUACUUUUGGAGCACCAUAAUUUUACAUUUACAAUUCUACUGAUGAUUAUAUUCAUUAUGUUCGAACUGUGAAUAAUCGUCAAUAUAUAAAUCCUGAAUUUUUAUAAAAAUUAGAAUAUACACCAAUUAAAAUUAAUCAUACAUUUUCUAAUUAUGGAGUUUAUGAAUAUAUCACAUUUAAUACAAGACGCUAUUUAGUUGAUUCUUUGCCUUUAGUUUUUCAUAGAAUAUCUGAAGUAGUAGAAUUUAGAGAUUCUAAAUUUAAUAUCUUUCAUAUGGAAGAAAGUUAUUUCACUUUAAAUUAUCCAACAUACUUUAAUUUAUCCGCAAAUCUUAUAAAUUCUACAGAUUAAGAAAUGAAUUAAACAAAAGAUGCUGCUUUAAAUAUAGCCUUAAUUUAUGUCAUUACAGGUUUUUCUUCUUGUAUGAUUAUUGUGAUCUUCAUUGGUUUAGCUGAAAUUUAAAUUGCAAAAUGGAGAGUUUCCAUUGUUAGAACUUAUUUCUUAUUCUAAAAUUUACAAUCAUCCAUUAUUGAAUAAGAAAAUGAGAUUCUUAAUUUUCUCACUAUUGAUGAAUUAUAACACAUGAAAUGCAAUAUUAUCAAAUUAGAUAAAUAAACAUAAUAAGUCUUAAAAAAUGAAGAAAGACUUCUUAAUAAAAAAUUAAAAUAAUCUUUUUGGGCCAAACAAUUAAUUUUAAUUAUUCUCUUAGGAACUUUAGAAUUAUUAUAUUUUAUUCCUUAUUAUAAAAUAUAUUAAAGUUCUGUAAAUCAAUUGAUUUCAUUUCAUGAAGAUCUCUAUAAGUUAGGACUUACUUAACUUUCAUUUAGUAAUAAAUUAGUUUAUUUUAUUCAAUAAUAUGCUAAUCCUUAUAAUAAUGUUAAUCCUAUAAUAUUUAAUUAAUUUGAUACAUGGUUUUAAAAUUAUUAAGAUUAAUAUUUAUUUGAACUUCCAUUUGAUGAAUUAUUUGAUGCCACAUCAUUCAUUAAUAUUGUUAAUGAUAACAUUUGUGAAAUUGAUGAGAUUGUACCUAUGAAUAAUCUUGGAUAUAAAUGUCCAUACAUAUUAUAAGAUGGUUAUUCAAAAUUUGUUGUCUCAAGUGAAAAUCUAUUAAAUGUUAUGUAAUCAGAAUUUUCCAAUUUUUCUUUGGGACUUAAACAAAUAAUGAAUUAAAAUGACUUUUUAGAGAUUAUUAUAGCUUAUGGUUUUGUAUUCCCCUAGUUUAAUAAAAAUAGAGAUAAAUUAUAUGAAAAUUAAAAAUAUAAUAAUGAAAAAUCUAAUACAUAGGCAAUAUUAAUGGCUGUUUUUGUUAUGAUCGCAUUGACAAUUGUCUUUAUUGCAAUUAUUUUUAUCAUUUCUAAAUAAUUUCUAGCAAUAAUCAAAACUGUUAAAUAAACUCUUUUGCUUUUCUCAAAAGAUCAAAUUGCCUAGAAUAAACAUUUAGUACAAAUUUUGAGUAAAGAAGUAACUUUUGAUUGA